AUGGUACUUGAAAUUUACAUUUAACUAGCGAAACUUCCAGUGACUCUUUCUGUAUGUUAUUGUAUUCCUUUUCUUUUUGUAAUAUGUAAUUUAACAUCGCCUUUGUGUAAUGUAAUGUUUUGUCCCGCCUAGAUUAGCUUAAUAGCUAUUUGCAGGGUAUACAAUACUGCAAAGCUUUAUCUGUUGUUAAUGAAUGAAUUGUUGUUGUUAUAAUAUUGUUGUUGCUGUGCAUGAAAAAGGCCGUUUCAUCCUUUUUGUAAUUAUAUUUUGAAGUCAAUCUUAUCAAGACAAGGACUCAUUAUAAUACACUCACCUUAGCCUAUUACAGGCUACGCCUCCCUAGUCAUUAUCUUAGCUAGCGACUCCUAAAGAGAACGCCUGAUCACGCUGGCUCACUUGAUUUAGGCAAUAUCCUGAGUAUCUAGUCGCCUAUUUACUGAUGCAUGUGCUGAUCACAUUAGGGCUUGAAGAAUCUUAUAUUUGGAAAUGCCAAGUCGAGCUUUACACCAGAAUGGAGAAAUCAAAGCUUUUCGUUGUGUGACUUAUAUGGACUGGAAUACGGCAUUGUACAACUAAAGGAAAGGACAAAUUAAUGCUAAUAUUUCGCCUGAAUCUCUCGAGAAAAAAAAAAGGAAAUUGUUUGAAUUAUAGAACAGUCCAGUGGUCCAAGCUGCGACCGUUUUGGUCGCCAUGGUGAGUAGAAAACAGAAUUUUGCGACUCAAAAUGCAGCGUAACGCACACAACGUAACCUGCUUUAGGCGGUAAUGCGACCAAGCCGUAGCGUUUUUGAUAAGUGAGUUUUUGGUGAGAUAACAUUUGCAUGAAAUAGUUAUCAUUUACGUUCCUGGCGACCAAUAUUUUUUGUCUGGGAACUAUUAUAUGAUUUCAGGUUGUAAAAAGGCAACUUUGGAGCACCGGACCUCUUCAGAUUUUGACAUAAAUAAAUAAACAAAUCAAUUAAUUAUAUAAUUAACGGUAAGACGGUUAACCUUUAAAGGAACCCUAGAGUAAUUAGUCUCAAAUUUGUCCUUGAGUAUCACUGAUGUAUGAUAAGAAUUAAGGACAUGAUCACAUAGGAUCAAAUGAGUUGAUACUUCAACAACUUCUCUUCACUACUCCACUAGAUAACGUAUAGGAACACCAAAUGAGAAUUUUAAUUAUGAUAUUAGGGGUUAUCGAUGUUGUUGUUGUUGUUGUUGUUUUUUCAGGGUGGACCCUGUGGAGUGCUAGCUGCUGUACAGGUGUUUGUCCUCAAGCAUUUGCUGUUUGGAGGGGAAAAGGGGGACUCUAAAAAGUACAGUGUGUUUCUACAGAAGGGUGGGGAGGGUUAUACGCACACACAAGAUUCAAGUGUAUAAUUAUGAUCUUUACUCCUUUUUUGAGGGUAGUAGGGUAUCUUUAAAUACUAGGAAAAUGUCUACUGGUUUGAUGAUUUAGUUUAGAUUGUAAAUAAUCAUUUGAUUUGAGCCAAUCAGAAACGGAGAAAAUGAAUGGCGAUAAUACUCUCUCCCUCGUUUUCACUGUCAUUUCCAUUCCUAGUAACAACCUCUGACAAUAACUCAGUCAUGUCCUUUUUUUUCUGCUGCUCCUGUCCAGACGUGGAGAUCAUGAAAACUAGUUUUUUUUAAUCUUUUAAUAAAUCCUAUUUCAUGUCCAUUUUAGGAAACUUUAGCCUUCUUCAAGAGAAAGAACCAAAGCUCUUACAUCAGCAAUUAGUGAAAUAUUAUGGAGGACUGGUGACAGCAGAGGUGCAGUAGUAGCCUUGUAAGUUACUCUGGAAUUUAGUUCAUGCAUUAUUUAAAAAACGAGCAGGAGUGUUUUGCCGAGUUUGAAACACGAGGCGCUGCCCUGAGUGAUGUGUCGUUGUCGAGUGAUUGUCAUCGGGCACUCCACUCUGCUCAAGGUGGCCUCAGCCGAGUCGCAUGUCUGGACUGGGUGCCAGUCUUCUGGGUCAGCCAUAAUAGGGACUUUAAGAUCCAACGACGCGGACGGCAACGCGAAAGUAGAAAAAACAAUAGGCUUUAUGAGCAAACAACAACUUUGAACAAGCAGACGAAAUUUUAUCUCUUUCUGAACAUGGUUAUGGUCCCUAGGAAUUCAACUCCAAGAGGGUCGCCUACAUUCGACAAAGUAAGAGGGUAAUGAUUGCGAUUGAGACUGAAAGAACUCAAAUUCACUUUUUAAGCGACGUUCUCGUUGCCGUCGCGUCGUUGGAUCUUAAAGUCCCUAACGGUAGCCUGCGUCGCAGACGUAAUCUUAUCGCAGUAAGUAACGUCUGCGAAGCAGCCCCGAGGUUCCUGUUCGACGCCCCAAACGGACCUAAUGAAUCAGUUAUCGGAAGGGCGUUUGGAUUUCCCUUCAAUUCACAACCCGAACAGGUCAAUCAUGGCGGGUACUCAAUCCUGGUACAAGCGGGGGCCCAGAAGACCCUGAAGUCCAACCAAGAUUAGUUUGUGAGGCGCUCUGACACAGAAAGUUGUUCUGCUAAGUAUGAUAUCU